AUGACGUUUUUAGGCUACCUCUUCCGCCAAAUCUUCAUCCACCCAAAACAACUCCCACCAGAUCUCGACCUCUCCGGACAAACAAUCCUCAUUACAGGAGCAAAUUCCGGAAUCGGUCGGGAAGCUGCUAUCAAAUGUGCCCAUCUCAAAGCUAGUCGUCUCAUUCUCGCUGUUCGUAGUGUCUCAAAGGGAGAAGAAGUCAAAACCCAAAUCCUGCGAGAUCAAUCUCUUCCUUUUUCCAGAAUAUGUAACAUCGAUAUCUGGGAGCUCGAUUUGAACACACCGUCUUCAGUCAUUGUAUUUGGCGCAAAAGUUCAAACUCUCAAUCGCCUUGAUGUGGCGAUACUCAAUGCUGGCGUCUUCUCACCCACGUUCACCACUACACCGUCAACUGGACACGAGUCCAUGCUUCAGGUGAAUCAUUUGUCGACAGCUUUAAUAUCCCUCCUUCUGCUACCAGUCUUGGAGAAGAGUGGGAAAAUCAGCACUCGCCCUGCCAGACUGACGUUCACAUCCUCCGAGGUCCAUAUGUGGACCUCCUUCAAAGAAGGUUUAUCCAAGUCAAGUAUUUUCGACGAAAUAGACAAGCCCGAGCGAUUUGAGACUUGGGGUAGUUACGCCAACAGCAAACUACUCAAUGUAUUCUGGGCGUUAGGGCUAUCCGAGCGUAUCAAUUCCAGUGAAGUUGUUAUCAAUUUAUUAAAUCCCGGAAGUGUUGAUACCGGCUUGCAUCGCGACUUUAAUAAAGCCCUGCAGACUUUUGAUAGAAUAGUCGGACGAACACCUGAUGAGGGCGCUCGGUUGCUGUUGGAUGCCGCUUUGGUGCAGAGCUCUACAACGCAUGGAAAGUUUCUGAGUGAAAAUAAGAUUACUCCGUUCGGUGCAGUUAUUCGGGGGGACAAAGAAGGGACAUUGCAAAUGAAAGUAUGGCAGGAAACCAUGGAAGAGCUGCAACGAUACGCAAAAGAUACUGGAGUCGAUCUUCCUAGUUUUCUAUAA